ACCGAACCCUACACCCUAACUCAUUUGCUGAUCCCCAACGCGUCUGCCAUGACGAGCGUCGUGCGUCUGAAUGUCGGCGGUCGGGAGUUCAGCGUGGCCAAGUCGAUGCUCGCGAUGCACCCACACAACCUCUUGGGUCAGCUGGUGACCAACGAGUCGACAGACGAGUAUUAACAGAUCCAGCAGGGCCAGCCCAUCUUCAUUGAGCGUGAUCCCACCCUCUUCCCCUAUGUCCUCGAGUACUACCGCGACGGUCUGCCGCUCCUCGUGGACAACAGAGUCGACAAGCGCAAGGUGGUCCGCGAGAUGCGAUACUUCGGCAUUGACGUCAACGAGAGCGACCUGCAGGGUCCGCCGCCGUCGAGAGAUGAGGUGAUGCGGCGCGUGGCCAACAACGUCGCGCUGGGUCUUCUGGCUAAGGUGCCCCGCCCAACUACGUAUGAAAUUAACAGAGAGAUCAGUUAUGAGGCUUUGGUCAUCGCCGCGUGUGACUGGCUGGGGCCUGAGGCGGCGGAGAUCAGGACCUUCCCGGAGGACGCGGGAAAGGUCGACCUGCUGUUCGGCAUGGUGUGCCAGGAGGUGGAGAAAGAAGCUGGGGCAGGGAUCCGCUGCACUCUAACGCCAUCGCUAACGCCAUCGCCGCCUACGGGUGUUCGGGGCCGGCCGAAGCUGGUCAAUGUGAAGCUCUACAGGUACGCGCUGUGUGCCUGGAUGGAACGAUGCGCAGAUAGAUAAUUUGCUCUGUGUGGUGGUGUUUCCUCAGGUGAAUGACGUCGACCAGCGACUGUUGCGGCUGCUGUGCUGAUUGAGCUUUAUUGAGUCAGUUUUUGGCGCUUCGAGUACUGUGUGUCGAAUAGGCAAUGUCAUUUUAGCGAGUGUGGUGCAUGUGUGGUGCAUGUGUAGUGCAUGUGUGUAUCCCUGAGGUUGAUGGACACUGACAGUCAGUGUGGGACAGAAAACUCACAGACACGAGUCGGGCAAUACGAAC